AUGUCAUUUGGAAACGCACAUUCCAUUCAAAUAAGGUGUAUUUGCCUAUUGUCAUUUUUAAGUUUUUGUGGGAACUCAGGACGUACAGUUCUUAAAACAUUGGUUCUAGCCUACGUGAUAUCUGGUCCAAUUCAAAAUCUCGCAACAAAUGCUAAAGAAGUUAUUAGGGUUUUUACGUGCUCAACUACUCUCACAUAUAAUUUAACAAAAACGAGAUUUGACUUAAUGACAAAACCUUUCCAUGAAGCUUUUAUGAGUGCCAAAGCAGAUAUGACAGAAGUUAAAAAUGCAUUGAGAUCAUUUCGAGAAGUUUCCGCACCUAUAAUAGCUGAAGUAGAAGGCACCGGAGAAGUACAAACAUUAAUAGAAGUGAAUGAUUAUCUUGAUGUGGCCCAAGGAGAUACGAAAAGAUCAAUUGAUAUAUUGGAGAAAACCAAAAAUUUGGAUCCUAGAGACGAAGCUCGUGAGUUUGAGAUGAAAUAUUUGAGAAAGCUGGAACUGCGAUGUGAAGCACAAUUGACAAAAGGUGCUGAAAAAUGCCGAAAAAUGUUUGGAAAAGCCUAUGACGCAUGUCGUAACAAGGUAUCUUGGGCCGUUGCUUGGCUGCUUUGCUGGCCGAUGAAAUUGACAUUUGUUUGUAACAUAGCUCGGGCAUUAGGAGGCUCCGGGUCUUCUGGAGGGCCUUGUGAUGCCGCCACACAAAUUGAUCCAGGUCUUGGCGAAGGCUACGCUUACAUGAAGCGUACCGGGCGGAAGAUGUCUGGAACCUUCAAACAGGCUAGGAUUCAGUACCGAAUGAUACGUAUGAAUAAAGUCAUCGACUACACUACCGCUGCAGAUGCUACGCGGGCUUUAGUUUAUAAUUUCAAAGAAAAAAAAAGCUUUUUCGAUGGCGUAAUGGUCUUCGUCAAGCGAUUUCUUUCAUUUAUAUUUUUAAGAAUAUUAUUUGCGGCCCAAAAGUAUCAUGACGACUAUUUGAGUAAUAUCGACUACGAUAAUGUGUAUCUGACGCGUUAUUUUAAAAAAAUUGAUGCUAGACGUCAUAAAAUGCAGAGGAAAACUCUAUUGCCCUUGAAAAAGGCUGAAAAAUUAAAAUUGCUGGAUCCCACGUCACUGGCUCAACUGAAAUCGGAGCGUGGGAUUUUAUUUGGCCUAAUUGUUAAACUUCUAUUAGAGAUGAUUACAGCUACUACUUUUCUUUUACUUGAUAGGCUAUUUUUUGAAACUCUAGAUUUCAUUAAUCGGCAUGCCAGAAUAGACUUUACGCAAGAAGGUCAUCACGAUAUAUUUCUUCAAGUUGGUGGUGUCGGGUUGAUAGCCAGCAUGUUACGAUCAGUUUUAAACAAUUUCAAUAUAAAGAAACGAGUAAAAACAUCAACGAGUAAUUUUGAAUGCUUACCUGUUCCUGAUGAAAUGCCUUUAGGAUACGUAUUUCGUAUAUAUGGAACAUACUUCGUCGUUCUUACACUUCUGAUCAUAGAGGGAUAUACGAGACGAUUUCGAAGGGCGAUCUGUGCAUAUUUUUAUCCGAAGAGGGAAAAGCGUCGUAUACUACAUUUAUAUAAUACCACAUUGAAGAGACGAGUUGGCAUGAUACGUCAACUGAAACGCAAGGUUCGAAGGCAAGCAAGGGAGCAUAAACUUGCCAUGGAAAUCAACCUUCUUCUGGCACUGCGAAUGAAAUAUCCAAAAAUAUUUUCCUGGUUGAAAAUCUUUCCCCAGGCCAGGCGCAAAUGUAUAAUAUGCCAGGAUCGAGAACCUUUUCGUAAGUAA